AGUCGUGGUGUUAAUACAGAUAGUGACCAACAGAAAAGUGUCAAAAUGGCUCCAACUGAAGAUGUAGGAGCUAAAGAUGUUAAAGAUGUUCCAUCAUCAUUAUCUGGUGAUGAGGUUGUCAUCAGUGGUAUCUCUGGAGUGUUCCCAAAUUCAGAUAGUGUUUUGGAUUUCAUGAAUAAUCUUUACAACAAGGUGGAUAUGGUGACAGAAGAACCGAAAUGGAAUGUAAAUGAUCCAGAUAUACCCAAACAUGUGGGCAAGAUUACAGGCACUGACAAGUUUGAUGCCCAGUUCUUUGGAGUCAGCUAUCACUUAGCAUGCGCUUUGGAACCUAUGGCAAGAAAACUACUGGAGCAUGCAUAUGGAGCCAUUUUUGAUUCAGGUACAAGUCUUCAAUCGUUAAGAGGGAAAAGAGUGGGAGUAUUUGUUGGAGUAAACUUCACAGAUAACAGUACUUUAUCCAUGUACAAUGUAAAUAAACGUACUGACUUUGUUAUAAAUGGAUCCAGCAAGGCUAUGUUAGCCAACCGUAUCUCCUACUGGAUCGAUAGUAAAGGCCCAUCAUACGGUUUAGACAAUGCCUGCUCAGGUUCUACCGCCUGUUUAGAAAUAGCUUAUAAUUCUAUAAAAUCUGGAGAAUGCGAUUCCGCAAUAAUCGGUGGAUGUAAUUUUGGGCUACAUCCUACUUUAGCUGCAAAUUUAAGAAGAGCUGGCUUAUUAUGCUUGGAUGGAAAGACAAAAUGCUUUGAUAAGAACGGCGAUGGUUACGUAAGGGCGGAUGCUAUUAAUGUGAUCUUCUUACAAAAGGCCCAAGAUGCACAUAGGAUUUAUACUCAAGUAUAUCAUGCAAAAGGAAUAUACAAAAUGAGACCAGACGCCCAGUUCUUGCCGUACCGAGAAUCUGAAGACAUUGAGAAAUUCCUUAAUGAAUUCUAUAAGGAGACUGAUGUGGACCCUAAGCGCAUUGAAUAUGUUGAAGCUCAUGCCGCAGCAAUCGCAAAGGCAGAUGAAAACGAGCUGAAGGCUAUUGGAAAUGUAUUUGCAAAAGAUAAUUUAGUUAAAGUUGGAAGUGUAAAAUCUAAUAUGGGAAACAGUGAGUCAGCUUCAGGAAUAUGUGCUCUUACUAAGCUCUGUCUAGCCUAUCAUCAAGGUAAAUUACCAGCUAAUCUCCAUUACUAUGAACCCCAAGAUAAUGUCCCUGCAAUAAAAGACGGAAGAAUUCAAGUAGUGACAGAUAAUGCUAAUUUUGACAGAGGAUUCACUGCGAUGAAUAAUUUCUCUUUCACUGGCGCUAACUUCCAUGUGCUUCUGAAAGGACAGUAUAAAGAAAAGAAUCUACGAAAAUACGAAUGUGACAUCCCUCGUCUAGUUCUUGCAUCUGGUAGAGAAGAGACGUGUGUGCAGAAAAUUAUGGACCUAUUGAAGAGUCAUCCUGUGGACGCUGAAGAAAUUGGACUUUUACACAAAAUAUUUGAGCAUGAUAUACCUGGACAUACUGGACGCGGAUAUACUAUUCUUGAUUCCAACGAAAAUAAAGAAACUGUAAGCAUAGCCGAAAGUGCAAAUUACUAUCCAGGUCUGAAGCGCCCUCUAUGGUUUGUGUACAGCGGCAUGGGUUCCCAAUGGGCUGGAAUGGGAGCUGAUCUGAUGAGGAUACCUAUUUUUGCCAACGCUAUUCAUAAGUGCCACAAAGUAUUAGAACCAUUAGGCCUUAAUCUUGUACGGAUUGUCACAGAACCAGACAAUGGCAUAUUCGACAAUAUUCUGAACGCGUUCGUUGGCAUCGGUGCGAUACAAAUUGGCCUGACUGAUGUCAUUAAGGCCAUGGGGAUUGUUCCUGAUUACAUUAUCGGUCACAGUUUGGGUGAAAUGGCGUGUGCAUAUCACGAUGAUACAUUCACGGCUGAAGAGCUGAUUCUAGCUACAUACAGUCGAGGGAAAGUUUGUUUGGAGACUGACCUCAUAAAGGGAUCAAUGGCUGCUGUUGGUGUUGGAUAUCAAGCUAUUGUAAAUCAAUGUCCACCAGAAAUAGACAUAGCGUGUCACAAUAGCCACGAAUCCUCAACCAUAUCAGGCCCAGCUGACAAAAUGACGGAGUUCGUCGGAGAACUAACCAAGCGAGGCAUCUUUGCUAAAGAAGUACCCUGCGCUAAUAUAGCGUAUCAUUCGAGAUACAUCGCGCAAUGUGGUCCCGAGUUACUAAGACGUUUACGAGAAGUAAUCAAAAGCCCGAAGAAGCGAAGCAGCAAAUGGAUAUCUACUUCUGUCCCUCAGGACAGAUGGGAUCAGCCCGAAGCUGUGUAUUCUUCUGCUGAGUACCACACGAAUAACUUACUGAAACCAGUACUUUUCGAGGAAACCACAAAGAUGAUUCCGGAUAACGCUAUAGUAGUUGAAAUAGCACCCCACGGUCUACUCCAAGCCAUUCUAAAGAGAUCACAUAAAGAAUGCACGCAUAUACCUCUUACUAGACGGGGCAAUACUAACGGUGUGAAGUUUUUACUUGAGGCUAUUGGAAAAUUGUAUGAAGCCGGCGUUAAUCCCAGGGUGGAUGUUUUGUAUCCUAAGAUAGAAUUCCCUGUUUCUACAGAAACGCCUCUUUUGUCCCACUUUGUUGAGUGGGAACAUAGUGAGACUUGGCCACAAAUGUCCUUCCUAGAGAAGGAAGAAGUACGAACGGCAAUGGAACGUAAAGUAAUUUUAUCCACACACGAUGAUGACUACAACUUCUUGGAGGGACAUUUGAGAAAUGGUGCCAACGUGUUGCCUGAAUCAGCGGUCCUAGUUCUCGUAUGGGAGACUCUGGCCAUGCAUAUUGGUGUGAGCUACCGAGACCAGCCGGUUGUAUUCCGUGAUAUACACUUCCACAGCGAAAUAAUAAUAAAACCAGAUACACCUUUACGCCUUACUAUUGCUAUAAAUAGAGGGAGUAACAAGUUUGAGGUCAGCAAAGAUGGCAUUCGCAUAGCAAGUGGAAUUGUGAGUGGAGUCAAAGUUGUAAAAUACAAUCAAGACCCAGAAAUCAUGGAUAAUGAGGAAGAAGACAUCAUAUUGAAUUCUGAUGACGUGUACAAUAUAUUUAGAUCAAAGGGAUAUUCAUACAAGGACCAAUUCCAGUCAAUACAAUCAUCAACCCUGGACCAUAAGAAAGCAUUUGUGCAAUGGAGUGGGGAAUGGGUGACUUUCUUGGAUUCUCUGAUACAACUCAGUACAUUAUCAAGGAACCACGAAGGGAUUUCAACUCCUAAAUUCAUCAGGAAAAUAAGGAUCAGUAUUUUGGAACAAAAGAUUUCGAACAGCGUGGAGGUCAAUGGGGUAAAAUGUUUCCCUGCUCAGCAUGAUGAUGUUCAAGGCGUUAUAAGAUGUGCUGGUGUUGAACUGGACAAUGUUACAUUUUUGGACAAACCAGUAAAGGAUCAACAGCCAGAAGUGUUACUAACCAAAUCUUUCUACCCCCACUACGCUAUGGAUCAAGUUGACAUGAAAACAGCUCUCCAAAUUAUGCUCCAAAUCGUUGCUGAAAACACCACAAUGAAGAGGAUUAAGACUACUCAAAUCGUAACAUCGAAUACAAAUAUAAUUUGUAUAAUCAAAGGGAUAUCGACCUUAAUUCCAAACGUUACGAUCGACGUGGCUUCAAUUAUAAAUGUCAAUAUUGAUUUUGAUACUUUGUUAGUUCAAAAUUCCGACGCAGAUAAAGCAAAUGUUUUUAUUAUUGAGGAUCUGUUUGGAAACAAAAAGAAAUUGGACUCUCUAAAAAACAUAUCGAAGGAUAGUUUCAUAAUAGCCUUGGAAUGCGGAGUGCCACCUUUACAAUCUUUGAAUGAGAACUUCACUAUCAUAAGUUCCAUGUCGGAUGGGAAGCAAAUAUUAAUAUUAUUGAAGCGAAGGAAUCCCAAGGAUGUUACUUAUGUGCCUGUAAAUUGUGAUAAUAAAUUGGAUUGGGUGUCUCGCGUGUAUGAUCAACUUAAUAAUACGAAGCGAGUGAUGCUGGUAUCUGAACGGCAGCCAUAUUGCGGAGCUUUAGGUUUUGUCAACAAAUUAAGAAAUGACGGCGAGGACAAAAUAGGAUUGAUAGCAAUCGAUGAUUGCCAUGCACCGACCUUUGAUCCUAACAUCGGUAUCUACAAGCAUCAAUUGAAUAAAAAUCUAACUGUAAACAUCUUUAGAAAGGGACAAUGGGGAGGUUACUACUACACUUCAGCCACGAAGUCGACUAAAAUCCAAAAUGUUGCCCUAAUCAGUCCAAAUGGGGAUUUGGACAGCCUCACGUGGGUUGAAACCCCCAAUACAAACAUCAAACGUAAUUUGGUUAAGGUGUCGUAUGCUGGCAUAUCGUCUAAAGAUGUUCAGAAAGCAGUUAGCAACGUCCAUGAUGAUCUGGCACCUCUUGGCAUGGACUUUAGCGGCUUAAAUGCAUAUGGUAACAGAGUGAUGGGGCUAUUACCUGGUGGUGCAUUGAGUACUACGGUGGAAGCUGAUUCAGAUCUGUUGUGGCCAGUACCAGAAUACUGGAGUCUGCAAGAUGCUGCCACUGUGCCUCUACCGUAUGCAGUAGCUUAUUACUGUUUGGCUAUAAAGAGUCGGCUCUUGAAAGGACAGAGUGUAUUCGUGACAGGCGGUGCGGGUGCUCUAGGACAAGCUGUGAUAGCCGUAUGCCUGUCUUUAGAAUGUACCGUAUUCACUACAGUCAGUAGCAUGAAGAAAAAGAGUAUACUGCUACGACUCUUCCCUGACCUUGAUGAAAAACAUAUCGGUUAUUCUCGAGAUGAUUCAUUCCUGAGUAUUGUUAAGAUGCAUGCACCUAAUAAGGGAUGUGACAUUGUCAUCAAUUGUGCCAGUGGGUCUAUACGAGAAACUGCAAUGAAGUGUACUGGGAUUAUGGGUUCCUUCCUAGACAUUAGCACUUACGAUAUGAUGGAAAACAGAGACAUGGGAAUGUCUUACUUAGAAAAGGACAGGACAUACAAGGCCGUGAAUUUCUCCAGUAUAUUUAGACCGGAAAAUGUUGCAGAAAAAAAGAUACUACAACGUAUGUUAGCAGAAGGAAUAUCAAACGGUACAGUGAGACCCAUAAGUCGCAUAGAGUACACACCUGUACAAAUCUCAAGAGCAUUCAGACUCAUAUCAUCCAGUAAGCAUAUUGGUAAAGUUUUAAUCAAAAUGAGCAGUCCGGAGGUUGUGAAAGGCUUUGAUGUUAUGCCAAGUAUGAGCUUCAAUUCAAGUGGUGUCUACGUAGUGGUUUGCGAUGAAAAUGGCGUUGGCAUUGAGUUAGCAAAUAGACUUAUCAAGAGAGGAGUUAGAAAGAUUGUUCUACAUACAAGAACCAAAAUCAGUGGAUACUGGCAUUCUAAAUUCACAUCCUGGGAAAAACAAAACGUAACAAUAAAAAUUUCGACAGAAAAUUUGGAGACACAGCAGGGCUGCACUAGAAUGCUGAAAGACGCUUCUAGAAUUGGUUCUAUUAGAGGAAUCUUCAUAGUUCCAGAUAUUGAAGAAAAUAACGAUGAGAGGGCACUCGAUUUUGUCCGAACGUUCAAUAAAACCGCCUUUGCCAUUAUAAAUCUCGACUUGACAUCUAAAAACUAUUGUAAUGAGUUAAGCCAUUUUGUAGUCCUUUUACCACCGUCUCACGGUACUAGCAACGAGUAUUCUUACUCAUUACUUGAAAGAGUUUGCCAAUUGAGAAAUGAAAAUGGAUUACCAGCCCUAAUUGUACGACUGGACAAAUUUACAGAGGGAGAUUCCAAGAAGAUCUUGGAGCCACAAAAAUUGACGGCAUUCUUCAGUGGAAUGGAAACAAGUUUGAAAUUAAAAUACAACAAUGUUCUGAUCUUAAAUUUGACUGAAGAAAAUGUCGUCGACUAUGAGACGAAACUAGCUAAAAUAUUUGGCGUACCAAAAAUUGAAGCUCUUCCAGAAGAUUUUACGGUUGACGAUCUGCUACUAACUAAAGAUAACUUAGUAGAAUUACAGACUCUAAUCAGAAUUAUACAUAAGGUCGAUUAUCCUGUAGAGAAAAUCGUAGAAAUGACUGUUGGAAGCCUCAAAAAUAUAGGAAACCAAAUUAUAGAAAAACCAAAGAACUACGAAGGUUUGGGAGCAUUUUAUACUUGUGUUGAUGAUGAAGAAGAACAUUUAUCGAUAUCACAUCCCAUUGUGCCAAUGGUAACACUUCUGAACAAUGGAACUGAGACUGAUUUGGAUCCUCAAGAAACUUACUUGACCCUAAUACCAGGCUUUGAAGGUCGGUAUCAGAUCUUUAGUGGUUUGGCAGAGAGGCUUAAAAUACAAGCCGUGGCUGUUCAGUUGGCUGCUGAUAUUGAAGGAAACAGUAUUGAAGAAAUGGCUGCUACUGUUCGUAAGUUCAUGAGGACGAAAUUUGAGAGCAAAUCCAAAUUUUAUCUGCUGGGCUAUUCGUUCGGAGUGAAUAUUGCUUUGGAAUUGGCUGCCAUAUUGGAAAAAGAAGGACAUACUGGAGUCGUAUAUUGUUUGGACAGCAGCCCAGAUGCAUUAAGAAUACAGCUUAAUUCAUAUUUAGGAGAGAUGCCGGAUUCUGAGCUACAAAACGCGAUUUUGGAACACAUAUCGCAACUCAUUGCUGGAAAGGUGCCCGAAGAGUUGGGCCAAUAUUUGGAGCAAAUAAAUGAUUGGCCAACGAAAGUGGAUGCUUGUUUGUACACAUUGAGAGGUAUAGGAAACUACUCGAAGCAAUACAAAGGGUCUUUAUUGGACACUGCGUAUCGAAACAUUAUGUUCGCUAAAAACUAUAAACCACAGCUGAAAUUAAAUUCUGAUAUUGUUUUGAUAAAAGGCAAACCUGAUUUACAAUCUGAAAGUUUGUCAGCUGAUUACAAUUUAUCUAAAUAUACUAAAAAUCCUGUAAAAGUAUAUGAAAUAGAAUCUGACCAUCCAUCAGCACCCUACGAUAGUAGAGUAACAAACAUUGUCAAUAAGCUACUUGAUGGAAAUUUGCUUGAAGAAUUUAAAAAGAAGAAUCUUUGUGAUAAGUAUGUUAUUCAACCUAAAUAAGUUAGUUUAGUGUUAAGAUACGGCCAUUAAAAAAAUUAAAAACCA